GGUGCUCACACGAGCUGAUCUCAUCGCCGGCGACAUCACUCGGGAGACCGGCCGGGCGCGUGGCCCGUGCAGGCGAGGCCAAGUUCUCCGUGCGCUCCUGAGCCAUUCUAGGCCCUCGCGCCGGCAGCCGCCACACAGUAACCCCCGGCUGUCAGCGUAAGUGCGGUGGCCCUGCCCUCGGCCCAGGCGUCUGUCUUCUUGAGCGCCUUCCUGUCCAUCUGUCCGUUCUGCCCAGCGCCACGAUGCCCGCUCCUCUAGAGACCACCUGCCUCUCAGACCUCGACUGUGCCAGCAGCAGCAGCAGCGAUCUGUCCGGCUUCCUCACCGACGAGGAAGACUGUGCCAAGCUACCACCGCCAGCCUCCGCGUCUGGGCCACCUGCGCCGGCCCGCAGAAAUACACCCGGGAUCUCUGGGGCAUCCGAUGUUCCAGGGGCGCAGGACGAGGAGCAGGAGCGGCGGCGGCGCCGGGGCCGGGCGCGGGUGCGCUCCGAGGCGCUGCUCCACUCGCUACGCAGGAGCCGGCGCGUCAAGGCCAACGAUCGCGAGCGCAACCGCAUGCACAAUUUGAACGCGGCGCUAGACGCACUGCGCAGCGUGCUGCCCUCGUUCCCAGACGACACCAAGCUCACCAAGAUCGAGACGCUGCGCUUCGCGUACAACUACAUCUGGGCUCUAGCCGAGACUCUGCGCCUAGCGGAUCAAGGGCUGUCCGGGGGCAGUGCCCGGGAGCGCCUCCUGCCGCCGCAGUGCGCCCCCUGCCUGCCCGGGCCCCCAAGCCCCGCCAGCGACGCAGAGUCCUGGGGCUCCGGUGCCGCCGCCUCCCCCUGCGCCGCUGCCGCCUCGCCGAUCUCUGACCCCAGUAGCCCGGCCACCUCCGAAGACUUCGCCUAUGGCCCCGGCGACCCCCUUUUCUCCUUCCCAGGACUGCCCAAAGACUUGCUCCACACGACGCCCUGCUUCAUCCCUUACCACUAGGCCCUUGGUAGACACCCUUACCUUUCCCCUCCCUCGGUCAACAGGCAAUAGAUUAGGCCCCAGCUGUGGCCCCCAGUCUAGGUGGAGGGAGGAAGCGGGAGCUUUAAAGGGAUGAGGGAUUCCUGAGCCGCUUGUCAGGUCGCUGCACCCUCUCUGCGGCCGCCUUGGUCUGUUUCUCCAGCCCUCAGUUCUGGGCCCCUCCUGCUCGCCCCUGGACGGCCUUUCCUUUUGCACUUUCUGAACUCCACAAAACCUCCUUUGUGGCUGGCUCACAACUGACCCCAGCCACCACUUCAGUGUGAUUUAGAAAAGGGACAGAUCAGCCCCUGAAGACGAGGUGAAAAGUCAAUUUUACAAUUUGUAGAACUCUAAUGAAGAAAAACGAGCAUGAAAAUUCGGUUUGAGCCGGCUGACAAUACAAUGAAAAGGCUUAAAAAGGAGAGACAAGGCGCGGGCUUCAUGCAUUAUGGAUCCCGCCCCCCACCACUGCAGGCUCGCUCUAGGAAGAACGGAGACUCUUGCUUAGCUAUUCAGGCACCAGGCUGGAGAGUACUUUAAUUUAUUCAAGAUGCUUCAUUCAUAUGAAAAUGUAUUUUUGUACAUAAAGAGUUUAUUCUAUUAUGAGCUAUCAAAGUUUACAUUUUGUACUGCAGAUACUUCGUGUAAAUAAAAACAAAGUGAAAAAUAAGUCA